ACCAUCCUUUACAGCUGAACAAUUCUACGAGUGCAUAAAAUACAUCUCGGUGAAGACUGAAGUACUCUAUACGUGCUAAGAUGAAGUGGAUACUUGCUUGUGUACUUUUCGCGGUUGCUUUUGCAACAAACCCAGAAGAAACUGAAAUCGAUCCCGAUGCCUUUGAGGGUGACAUGAUUCUGACACCAGAGCAGAAAUAUGCUGCCAUGAAUGGUUUGGAUAUUGAUGCYCCUCUUGKACGAGGAGGAAUCAAAAAUAGAAGAUGRCCUGGAGGAGUGAUGGCUUACGUUAUUGAUAGUUCUCUGUCUAGGGAUAGCAGAGCAAUGRCAGCAAUCAGGGAUGGAAUGCAGGAAUGGACUUCAAAAACUUGCAUCAGAUUCAAGAAACGAACCAAUGAGCGGGCAUACGCCAAUUUCAAAUUAGGCUCAGGCUGUUCCUCAUACGUCGGCCGCACCGGAAGCAGGCAAGACAUAAAUUUAGCGAGAGGCUGCUGGUCUAGGGGUAUCGUGGCUCACGAAAUUGGUCACGCACUCGGUUUUUACCACGAACAGUCACGCCCRGACCGUGACARUUACGUCACUAUCAUGUGGGACAACAUUAUUGAAAGAAACAAGUUCAACUUCAACAAGUACAAUCGUGGAACCAUCGACUCUCUUGGUACUCCCUACGACUAUGGAUCMGUCAUGCACUAUAGCGCAAGGUCUUUCAGCAAAAAUGGCAAACCAACCAUCGUUGCCAAACAAUCUGGAGUAACCCUUGGGCAAAGAAGAGGAUUGAGCUCCAUUGACGCCCGGCAAAUGAACUUGAUGUACAAGAGCGAAUGYAGUGGAGGAGGAGGAGGUGGYGGMGGAGGAGGAUCAUCCUGUGCGGAUAAAGACAAAAGAUGCGGUGGUUGGACAMRUUAUUGUUCUUACCAUAGAUAYGUCAGAGCCAACUGCAARAAAACCUGCAARCUAUGCUAGUGGACGACAACACUGUACAACCGGUUGUUCAAGCAACUGACAUAUAGAAUUAGAUGAUCAAUAAACUGUUCAAAACUGUUCAAAA